AGAGGUAUGAUCAAGUAGCUAGCAUGAAUUUUGAGAGAAUUCCAGUUGAUGAUUACAUUCUGAAGUAUCAUACUUUAAAGAGAGGUAUUGAGAACUUGAGAAGAAACUUACAAGCAACAAUGGUGGUAUUAGAUGACAAGUCCAAUCUCGAAGAAUUACAAAGGCAGACUAAGGAACAAAGUAAAAUGAAACGCUUGAAGAGUCACGUGACAGAGGAUGAAAUGUUGUUAAACAUAAGGGCAGAAGCCAUACUAUCAAGACUACUGAAAGAGAAUCUGUUUUCUCGAGAAUUGGAAUAUGAACAACUACAAGCUGAUUUUGCAAGGUCUAUAAGAGCUCGUGAUGUCCUGCAAAAUGCUAAUCAGAGACUUCAGGAUGAGGUUUCUUGUCUUUCCCACAAGAUGAAGGAUUUGGAGCUUCAGAUACUAAAGAAAGAUGAGACAAUCGCACAGCUGCAUCAGGAGAUUCAGACUUCCAUGACAGACCUAAAUGCUGUUCAAAGCAUGCUCCAAACUGUGUCCACUGAAAAUAACGAAUUGUGGGAGGAAGUGAAGAGGUUGAGAAAGACCAACAUGGUUUUGGAGAAUGAGAUUGUCAGUCUCAGGAAGAAGAUUGAGAGCCUUGAGGAAGACAUACUUCUUAAAGAGGGACAAAUUUGCAUUCUAAAAGACAGCCUGGAAAAACCAUUUGACACCCUCUACACUACAAAAGGAAUGAAAGAAUUCAUCCUCGAAUGAUCUUUAUCCAAGAAUAUUUCUGCUCUAUUUGUAGAUUGUGCGUUCUAAGGUCAACUUCUGUUAUUCUUGACAAGCUGAUCGAAUGCCCUAGUUUCGAUUACCUACUCGGUGAUAUCUCGGCCUGUUAUCUUCUAAACAACAAUUACAACAGUGAUAAUAAAUUAGUGUGUAUCAUUGUAUUAUGUUACUCUUUUUCUUUGCUCUUUGUACUUCAUAUGCUUUCUUGGUCGUGUACAGAGACGACUGACUUCUGAAACGGUCACUGUUGAAAAGGAAACCAUAGAAAGGUACAAAUAAAAUGUUUUUUCUUUGGUUAAAA